AGGAGUUGACUAAAAUGGCUGCAGGAAGAGCCAUCCACCAGCUACGCAGGGAGGAGAAGAAAAAGGGUAGAGAGAUAGGGAGGGAGAGGGGCGGAGAGGCAUUCAGGCAUCUCCGUGUCUCUCUCGCGCGUGCUCUCUUCCUAGCCCCCAUACUCUCUUUUCUUUCGAAGCCCACAAAGUAGAGUAACCCUCGUCUCCUCGGUUUCGACGCCCGACUCCGUUCGAUUCCGGCAGCUCCUCCGCUGUCUCGGGGAUCCGAUCCUCCGUCGUAGCUCGGUUUUGGAUUUCUUGUGUUCGUGCCCCAGUAGAGUUUGGUUGGGAUCUAAUGGACCAGUACGAGAAGGUGGAGAAGAUUGGGGAAGGGACCUACAGAGUGGUGUACAAGGCUCGAGACCGUCCGACCAAUGAGAUGAUAGCUCUGAAAAAGAUUCGCCUGGAGCAAGAAGAUGAGGGAGUUCCCAGCACAGCCAUAAGAGAGAUCUUCCUCCACCCAGGUGUUUCUGGUGUGAAAUCACUAAGAGCCUGGCUACUUUGGCAUCUGCUGAUGAAGCUGAGCAUGGCCUACCAUGUCCAAUCUAUCCUUGGCCUCACAAAGGCAUUCUUAGUUCCUAUGACCACGCAUCCAUACACUGAAGUGGAGACAAAGGCUAUGGCAGCUGAGGUUGAGGUGGUUGAUGGGCCAAAUGGUGAAGGUGAAAUGUUCACACGUCCUAGUAAAGGUAAAUUAAGCGAUCGUUUCCCUCAGCCAUAUCCAAAUGAACAAGCAGCAAGAUUUGCCAAUGGAGGAGCAUAUCCUCCAGACUUAAGCAUUAUCACCAAGGCACGACACAAUGGCCAAAACUAUGUUUUUGCCCUACUCACGGGAUAUCGUGAUCCUCCUGCAGGUGUUUUGAUUCCUGAUCCUUCAAAUGCUCGCAUAGAUGAUGAUGAUGGAGUUGAAUCUCGUCCCUGAUACUUUGUAGAUUGUUUUUUAUGAAGUUUGAUAUGUAAAAGUACAUUGUAAUUCAUAACUUUUUAUGUAAAUUUAUAUUUCGAAUGAUCUAAAUGUUUGUCAAUAUCAAUGUAAUUUGAAUGUUUGGUUCA